CCAGAAAAAAUAGCUAUCUUCGCCUUUACCCGUAAGCUGGCCGGCGAUGACCGCCCACGCCGCCUGGACCGCGUCGGCGCCCCGCUCUCCCCUCCUGCCCUCAACUGCCCGACCAUUGCGCUCGACUCUCCUCGGGCGCUCUCUCUGCCGUUUCUCCUCCUCGAGGCUCGUCGUCACCACCCCCAGAAGGACAUUGACCAUCAUCGUCGCUACCAAGAAGGCGGUCGCCGUCCUCAAGGGCAGCUCCGAGGUCGAGGGCGUCGUCACCCUCCUUCAAGAAGACUACGGUCCUACAACUGUAAAUGUUCAUGUUAGUGGGCUUACACCUGCACUUCAUGGCUUCCAUCUUCAUGAGUAUGGUGACACCAUCAAUGGCUGCAUCUCAACAGGGGCACAUUUCAACCCCAAUGACCAUGGUGCUCCAGAAGACGAAAUCCGUCAUGCAGGUGACCUGGGAAACACAAUUGCAAACUCUGAUGGAGUGGCUGAGGCAGCGAUUGUAGAUAACGAGAUUUCACUGAGUGGACCUAAUGCGAUUAUUCGAAGGGCAUUUGUGGUUCAUGAACUUCAGGAUGAUCUGGGAAAAGGAGGGCAUGAACUUAGCCUUACCACUGGAAAUGCGGGAGGGCGAUUGGCAUGUGGUGUUUUUGGGUUGACUCCAAUUAUGUGAUUUAUUCAUGUGUUGAUGUCAAUUUUGAGUUGCUGUGGGCACUGUAUUUUUUGGAGUUAGGUGCAAGGAACGAGUAAUAUGAAAGGCGACUAGGCAUAAUCUCAAUUAUCUGUGGAGUAAAGCUUUUUUGUUAUAGAUGCUGGCAACCUAGUCACAUUUUGACUUAUAGUCCUGAGUCAAAGUUAUCUUAUGCCAGUCUUGUUUCUUUGGUACUCAUGUUACUACAUUAAGACUUAUGAUUGGCCAGUUCAAUAAAAACAAACAAAAAAUUCGUCAAAAUGCUAUUGGCAUGACAA